GGGAAGAUGUUGGGCGUCAAGGUCGACGCCGACGAGGCUGAGAAUGAAGACGUGGUGCAGGGGCGACACGAAACGGUCAAGGAGGGGGUUCAACUCGCCAUCGAGGGGUUGGCGAGAAUGGAGCGCCGGCUGAUGACGGCGACAAAGAGACAGAAGCGAAAGGUGGAGGAGUCGCAGUUCUCGUCCUCAUUGCCCGAAAAGACCUCCGGCGACAUGGCACGCAUAGAGUCUGCCAGGGAAGUGAGCAUGAAGAUGCCCGAGCCGAAAGCGAAAGCGCAAGCGAAUACCCAGCAGCCCACCCCGCCAGAGAAGGACUCGUUCUUUGAGAAAGACAUCACCGAUGGACAAGGUUUAGACCCCGAGAGAAAACGAAUAGAUGCGCCCGAAGAAGCCUUCGACCUACCAGAGCGGGGCGCUGCACGACCUCCUCCCGUCAACAGCCCAUACCUCCCGCUGCCCUGGAAAGGCCGCCUAGGUUAUGCUUGCCUUAACACGUACCUGCGCUCAGCCAAGACGCCAGUCUUUGGUUCGCGCACCUGUCGUAUGGCUUCCAUAGUUGACCAUCGCUAUCCCCUCAGAGACCCUGACCAGCCCGAGCAUGCCGUGAAGAAUAGGCCGGACAAGUCCAAGGAUCCAGAAAUGGAGCUGGGCGAAAAGUUUCUGCAGAACCUUGGCCUGGCUAAUGCCAGAGACAUCAUCAAGAUGCUGCGGUGGAACGACAAGUACGGCAUCAAGUUUAUGCGCCUCAGUUCCGAGAUGUUUCCCUUUGCUAGCCAUCCGGAGCACGGUUACAAGCUAGCUCCCUUUGCUUCCGAGGUUCUCGCCGAGGUUGGCAAAGUAGCCGCUGAGCUGGGUCAUCGAUUGACCACACAUCCUGGCCAGUUCACUCAACUUGGCUCACCCCGUCAGGAGGUUGUUGACGCGGCGAUCCGGGACCUGGAAUACCACGACGAGAUGCUGUCUCUCCUUCGACUGCCCGAACAGCAGAACCGCGACGCCGUCAUGAUCCUGCAUAUGGGAGGCGUCUACGGCGACAAGGCCGCCACCCUCGACAGGUUCCGCAAAAACUACGCCAGGCUCACGCCCUCCAUCAAAGCCCGUCUGGUGCUCGAGAAUGACGACGUAGCCUGGAGCGUGCACGACCUGCUCCCCAUUUGCGAGGAGCUGAACAUCCCCCUGGUGCUCGACUACCACCAUCACAACAUCAUCUUCGACAGCACCCAGUGCCGCGAAGGCACCUACGACAUCAACCAGCCCGAGAUCAUGGAGCGCAUCGCCGCGACAUGGCGGCGCAAGGGCAUCAAGCAAAAGAUGCACUACAGCGAGCCCUGCCCCGGCGCCGUAACACCUCGAGACCGGCGAAAGCACAGCCCGCGCGUCAUGACGCUCCCUCCGUGUCCGCCAGACAUGGACCUGAUGAUCGAGGCCAAGGACAAAGAACAGGCAGUGUUCGAGCUGAUGCGCACCUUCAAACUGCCCGGCUUUGAAAAGAUUAACGACAUGAUCCCUUACGAGCGCGAGGACGAGCCGCGCCCCGCGCCGCAGAUUCCGAAAAAGAAGCAGAAGCCGGCGGUGAACCUGAAGCGGAAGCGGGCCCCGGAUGAGGACCCGAUCGACCUGAACGAUGUUGGCUCUGGUGCUGGUGAUCAGAUCGAAGUGAACACGGCAAGGGAGGUCCCGGAAGAGGAAAUCUCGAUGGGCGGGCCCGACAACAGAGUCUAUUGGCCCCCUGGCAUGAACGAUUGGCUGAAGCCACGCAGGAGGGGAGCCACUGGCAGGGCUGACAAGGCGGAUGGGAUACUAGAAGAGGAUCAUGAGGGAGUUUAGUAGUAUUAGCGCGUACUGUGUAGUACGUUCGUGGAGUUGUUCUGGGGUUUGGGAAUCAACUCUGCUGUUUUGACGCGGUUCGCUUGGUCGAUGGCAUUAUCGCACAGAUUUUUCUCGGGUUGAGGAGUUGACUGCGUUGGCGCCGUCGACGGCACCUGUAGACUGCAGGUGGCCGAGUCUAGUGGUGAAAACGUGGUUUGCUCCUUCCCCCAUCUCAAACGGUUUUGUUGCGAAGAAGUAACGGCCGCUAUCAUGAUGUAGCUCUACCUUAUCUAGGAUGUGGGCGCGCUGAUGACUGAAUUCAUCUUGAGUUAGGUAUACCAAGCAAUGCUAGAGGU